CGACUCCCUUGUAGUCAUCGCUGGGUCGCUCUACAUGGAGCCAAGCAUCCUGCUCCACACUCCCACCGCGAUGAUCCACUGCUACACAAUCUCCAGACAACCUUCACUUCACUUUCACUCGCCUUCAACCUUUAAGUCCACCACCGCGCCGUUCCCAUGCUCUGCACUCAUCCUGAGAUGCGACACCCCUGCUCCCGGAGAAUAGCCUGAUCUCGCGUCGCUCCUCGCGGGUAGAGAGCAUGCCCGACGCGGGGACGCUUGGCGCAGCAGCCGCGGCGGCCGCCGGUAGUGGUGCGGCCACGGUCGGCGACGGAGCUGAGAGCAGUCGCCACCGACAUCGAACGCAGCAGGGAGAUGCAGAGAGGCCGGAGUCGUCCGCUGCCCCACCGCAAAGCUCCUCCGGUGUACUGGAUAAGUUGUUUGGAAAGAGGCUGCUUCAGGCUGGCAGACACGUCAUGUCUCAUAAGUCUUGGAUGAAAACGGUGCCCACGGAGAACUGUGAUGUCCUCAUGACAUUUGCAGAUACUACAGAUGACCACACGUUGCUAUGGCUACUCAACCACAUCCGGCUGGGAAUUCCAGAGCUCAUCAUCCAAAUCCGUCACCAUAAGCACACACGCGUCUACGCAUUCUUCGUCACCGCCACCUAUGAGAACUUGCUGCGAGGUGCUGAAGAAAUGGGCCUGAGGAAGGCGGUGAAGCCUGAGUUCGGAGGAGGAACCCGGAGCUUCUCCUGCGAGGAAGACUACAUCUACGAGAACAUUGAGAGCGAGCUGUGCUUCUUCACCUCGCAGGAGCGGCAGAGCAUCAUUAAGUACUGGCUGGAUAAUCUACGUGCCAAACAUGGGGAGGUGCUUCAUAACAUCAACUUCCUGGAAGGUCAACCAAUCAUUCCAGAGCUGAGUGCACGAGGUGUGAUUCAGCAGGUGUUUCCCCUCCAUGAGCAGCGGGUCCUGAGUCAGCUCAUGAAGUCUUGGGUCCAGGCAGUUUGUGAGAAACAGCCCUUAGAUGAUAUCUGUGACUAUUUUGGGGUGAAGAUAGCCAUGUAUUUUGCCUGGCUGGGUUUUUACACCACCUCUAUGUUGUAUCCUGCUGUGAUUGGAUUUGUGCUGUGGAUGCUCACCGAGUCGGAUCAGACAAGCCGUGACAUCUGCUGUGUGGUCUUUGCGCUCUUUAACGUGGUGUGGGCCACUUUGUUUCUUGAACGGUGGAAGAGAAGGGGGGCGGAGCUGGCGUACAAAUGGGGAACUCUGGACCCGCCUGCUGAAUCCCUGGAGGAACCACGUCCUCAGUUCCGGGGAGUGAAGCGCUGUAGUCCUGUCACAGGAUGUGAGGAGUUCUACUAUCCACCGUGGCGGAGACGUGUGUUCAGGUGGCUGGUCAGCUUGCCCAUCUGUCUUCUCUGUCUCUGUUUUGUCUUCCUGGUCAUGCUCAUCUGCUUUGAGCUGCAGGAGUUUGUAAUGGGGAUCAAAGAAAUGCCUCGGCUGGCUCGCUUCAUCCCUAAAAUCAUGCUCGCUAUCACUGUGACUGCAUGUGAUGAGGUGUACAGGAAAAUUGCCUGCUGGCUCAAUGACAUGGAAAAUUAUCGACUCCAGAGUGCCUAUGAGAAAAAUCUCAUUAUCAAAAUGGUUCUUUUUCAGUUUGUUAAUUCAUAUCUCAGCCUUUUUUACAUUGGAUUCUACCUCAAAGACAUGGAGCGGCUCAAAGAGAUGCUGGCCACUCUGCUCAUCAUACGCCAGUUCCUUCAAAAUGUGAAGGAGGUGCUGCAGCCUUACGUGUAUGAGCGCCACAAGCUGGGCGAGCUCACUUUGCGAGCUUUGUGGGACCUCCUGCUCUCAGUGCUGCUAAAAUACACUCGACUGGCAGCUGGAAAAGCCCAGGCCUCGCCCACUGACACGGGCAUGCCAGGACCUGGUCUGAGGGGCACCAGGCCUGGGGUCGGCCAGGCAGACAGAAGGGAAAAGAAGUGUUUGAAUGGGGGAUGUGGGGUUCCUGACGAGGAGGAGUGUGGCGAGAGGGAUGAGGCUGACAGUGGGAGGUUCAGUGAAGGCGAGACAGAGGAGGAAGGUCUACUAGACUGUGGUUUGAAACUGAGGAAAGUCAGCUUUAUAGAGAAGAUGGAAAGGAGGCCAGCAUGCAGUGGCCACCCCAUGGACAACAGUUUCAUAGAGGAGGGGAGCCCCACGAUGGUGGAAAAAGGAUUGGACCCAGCCUCUGUGUUUGAAAUGUGUGAAGACGACGCCGAUAACGGCAUCCAUGAUGUGAAGGAGGCAGGCGGGGGAGUGGCAUGUGCGGCUGAAGGAAUAAGCUACGCCGUUGGUACCGCCUGUGUCGCUCCACCUGCAUCGGGGAGCGAGGGCAGCGCGUCGUUGCGUCACCGGAGAAGAGGAAGGAGCGCCGAACGGACCGAACCCAGAACGAGGCGGGAAUCAUGGAUUGACCCUCCCGAAGAGAAGGAGAGCGCCACGCUCGCUCAGGCGGAGAUGGAAAGCUGCAUGCAGACUUAUGAGGACACCUUCCAGGAUUACCAAGAGAUGUUUGUCCAGUUUGGCUACGUGGUGCUAUUCUCCUCAGCCUUUCCUCUGGCUGCCUUGUGCGCACUCAUCAACAACAUCAUUGAGAUACGCAGUGAUGCCUUCAAGCUCUGCACGGGUCUGCAGAGGCCCUUUGGUCUCAGAGUGGAGAGUAUUGGCCAGUGGCAGACCGCAAUGGAAGCCAUGGGUCUGAUUGCCAUCAUUGUCAACUGUUACCUGAUCGGUCAGUGCGGUCAGCUCCAGCGCCUCUUCCCCUGGCUAAGCCCUGAGAUGGCCAUUAUCUCCAUUGUUAUCCUGGAGCACUUUGCCGUCCUCUUGAAGUAUGUCAUCCAUGUGGCCAUUCCCGACAUACCCACAUGGGUCAGAGAGGAGAUGGCUAAACUGGAUUAUCAGCGCAGGGAGGCCUUUAAGAAGCACGAGCGGCAGGCUCAGCAGCACUACCAGCAGCUGCAGAGGAAGAAGAGGGAGGAGGAGGAGAGGCAGAGGCAAGCGGAGCAUAUGGCCCGCAGGGAAAGGGACAGGGAUGAUGGUAAGGGAGACUCCGCCGGGGAUCACCACCACGACAAAAGCCACAGCAGCAAGUUGCGUCCUGGCGGUGGCAGUGCGGGUGGUGGAGGCGGCGGGUCGGACAAGCCCAAGAGGCCCAGCUCUCUGUUGGCCAACAACAACGUGAUGAAGCUGAAACAGAUCAUACCGCUGCAGAGCAAGUUCUCAUCGGGCGGCGCCCGCUCCCCUCAGUCGCCCACUGGUAGCGAAGCAAAGCUGCCCGGCUUCCUCAGCUUCAAAUUCCUCAAAUCACCUGACAAUAAGAAGGAGUGUGCGGCGGCUUCCGCUGCGGCGACCACCACCACUAACGCUGCAACGACGUCAUCUUCAUCAUCAGGUAGCAGCUCCCAGGAGCGUUCUCAGUCACCCAAUAAGGCCUUCAACCCUGGCAAAUUGUUUAAUUUCGGAAAAUCUGAAGCGGGGACGUGCUUGAAUGGGGCACCACCGCCCAGAUCCGGGGAGGGAUCAUCUUCACAGACGUCCGAGAGGCCGGCUUCCAGGUCCGACUUAAACAGCAUUCCGGACGAGAUCCCCUCACCGGGAGGGGAGGGAUCCGAGAGUGGACAUCCAAAUGAAAUGGACCCUCCUGGCCCAAAAGUCUAGUAGCUUCUUUGGUGCCAUCUCAAGUGAAGGACUAACGUGAGAAGACAUGUGGCGACACCAGCCCCCACCCCCGUGAUAGUACUAGAAGUGGAAAUGAAUGCACAUUGUUUUGGUUCUGUUCAACAACAAAACAAUGACAUUGACCCUCCUAUCAUGUCACACACACACAAUCAUGUCUGCAAUACAUAAAGAAAUGCAUGAGCUGCGUUUCUAAUAUUUUUAAGCCUUCAAAGCAAAAAGCUGUGAUUUUUUUAUUUCUUCUAUGGGUAAUGGUGAGCAUUGGAACGGGCUGCCAAACGACUCUGGUAGAGGAGAAAGACGUAAAGGAUCUGUAAUUGUACUUUAAGAAUGUUUCAGUCAUCACAAACCAAUAUUAGUACAAUAUUUUUAACUGUGAACUAGAGGGCCCUUCUUUUUAUCUUGCAGUGGGGAAAAUGAUGAAAAGCAAUAUGAAUAAUUGAGUAAUGGUGACAACCCCCCCCCCCUUAGUUGACAACUUCGCCAGCUUUAUUUUCAAAGCAAAGGUGAUGUCAAAGCUUUGUGCACAUCUUCCCGUCUCUGGCAAUGUGAGCUGGAUUGGAAAAGGCAGAUUAAUGAGACCUGCUGUCACACGGCAGAGUUAAAACAACUGCAUGGUACACGCAGUCCUGUUACUGUAUUGGCUGUGGUCCGAGCCCAUGGAGCUCCUCUCGCCAACAGAUGGUUCUCCAUUUCACAAGCUCUAACCACCCUUGGCAAGUGAGCGUUGAAUUCAAGUUACUUUUGCACUAAACGCUCAUGUGCCGCAUCUCUGCAGGAGCCAACAGCCUGCCUCAUAUCAUUAUGCAAACACAGGACUGUAUUGAGUUCCUCCUUUCUCACGGUACACUACAUCUUUUCACAUGCAGAAAUACCGUCAAUAUAUUCAUUUAUUUUUACAAGUUGCUCUUUUUUUUUUUAGCUCCAUAACGGGAUUGCUUUCUUAGUCCUAUUUUUGUUUUUUUAAACCAAAGUGGUAUUUUUCCAUGAUACUGUUAACAAUAUGGUUGGUAAUCAACAUGAGCGUUCUGCACAUCUGCCAAAAGAGGGCGACAGAGAGUUCUGGUUUUAGAGCAGGGCUGUACAAAGUGCAGCCCAGAGGUCAGUUAUGACCCGCGGCACAUAGAAAUAGAAAUUUAAUUAAACAAAAAACAGCAAAGAUGUAAAAAUAUAGCAUAAUGCAACAAGAAAAAGCCGACAUGUUGAUAUCAGCAACACUAAUAAUAAUUACAGAAAGUUUUGUCUUCAAAUAUAUAGCUCUGGAAAAAUAUGUGACCACCUCAAACUUUUGACUGGUGGAGGGCAUGCCAGUGUUAUUCCACCAAAUAUUGAUUUCUGAACUCUCAGUAUUGUGUUGUGAUGAAAUGAAAAUGCAAAGAAAAAAGUUCAGCUUUUUUUUGUUGCAUUUUGACCAUUUUUGCUGUUUCACUCCUUGUUAGAGAACAACAAAAAGUGAAAGAGGUCAAAAGGGAUAGGUCAGAUUUUUUGACAUGAAGUUGUAUGACAUCCCCAUCCCCAAUAUGUCUAAACGAGGAUACAAAAAUGCUACAGUACAGCGGAAAAGGCACGGUCACAGGAGUGAAACACGCGUUACUUGUGUCUGACCUGUGGGGUGGAUCGUUAAAAUUCAAACAAAGGUUUGAACUUUGAGUGUUUAAACAAAUGUGAGAAAGUGUUAUUGCCCAUCUGAGGAAAGUGUAUAAAGUGUAUGCUGAGGGGUUUUCCAGCCUUAAAACAUAUAUAAUAAUGGUUUAAAAUGAAGUUGGCUACUUUGUGGAUUUCACUUAUUGCGGGCUAUUUUGGGUACCUAUCCCCCGCGAUCAGUGAGGGAACACUGCUGGGAACCUCCCAGCCCACGUAAAUGUUUGGCUUUUCUGGUUGACCUGUUACAAACAUAUAAACAAAGCAUCUCGGCUAGCGUUGCCAGAUUCGCUUAUUAGUGUCUUUGGACUUGUUUUAGUGUAAAGAUGUUCGGAACUCCACAGGGUUCCUAUAUUUUGUAAAGUCGCUUGCAAAUUCCCAAGUUCCCUGUUGUUUUCAGAGAGCCAGCUUCUCUUGCGAGACCUGGCAACCCCCGUGUCUCCGCUGCAAAGGUGCAUGAGUGGAACUGUGCGAACAACAUGCGCUAUCGACGACGCAAAACCAUAACCUGCCAGACACAACUGUUGCCCUCUAUUCAAUUUAUGGCGAUCAUCUUGACCUGGAUGGCUAGCAAUUUGCACAGAAACAAUACAGGUCGCUGCAGUGUGAUGGCUACAAAUCCAUGCAAUUUUUUUUGUUAGUGCAUGUAAACAUACUGACUGUUGAUGCGCUACACUGCUGACGGGGAUGCCAUACAGUACAACUGCAUGUCAAAAAAAUCCCAAUGAUCCCUCUAAGUUCACCUUUAAAGGUUAUAGUGCAUUUCAGGUUCAUCCUGAAACUUCACUCGAAAGCUGAAUAUCCCUAACUUUCUGUGAGUAUCGUUGCCGACACUGUCUAUCAGUAGGUGACACCGCCAGCGGUCAAUACUGACGUUUGACAUUGAUAUAGAGGGUCCAACACGAUGUAGGUUAAGAGAUGAAUCAUGACCUAUGCAUUCCCACAUCACUAUCAAUAGCAAGGCAAUAACAGCUGACACUGAAGUGUAAGGAUUAGUAAAUCCACCUAUGUCACUCGUCUAUGGCCAUAUUCUUUGUCCACUUCGUAUUCUGCGUCAGUGAGGAUGGGGGUGCUGCGCUCAGCAAUCCAACCGAUAGAUAACCUGCUUCAUUUGUAACCCUAGUCUGCUCUAUGUUGUGUUGACAUGGAACUUUGUGUUUAAAAGCUCAUGCAUAAAAGCAUACUGCAUUGCUGCAGUUGUAAGAGUAAAAACCUGCAUCACACACAUUACAUGCAAUAAGGGAAUUACAUCAUCAAUACAUCACAUACGUCAAGGGUCGGUAUGUUUGCAUAGUUUCUUCAUUGGGGGGUAAUUAAAAAUAAAGCAGGACAGUGACGUGUAGCCGAGCUUUGGCUCAUGACAACUUUCAUUCUUCCAUCAAUGGACCAUCACCUAAUCGUCUAUUUCAAUGUUUGAAAGGAGUAAGCAGGGCUAAUAGUGAAGUGGUGGACAUGUACAGUUAAUGACAACGAGUUUUAGAGUUAUGCUUUCUUUCAGGGAACCCACAAGUUCGUAGUUAUUGCUGGCAUCCAUCGUCUGAUUUCUUCAAGUCAUUUGCUGAGGCAGCGUCUCAGCAUUAUACAGUACAUGAUUAGAAGCGAGGGUCUUUGUACUGACACUGCUUAGUCAAAUAUUGGAGGAUUUCAGGACAGAAACUCAAACGGAAGUUCUAUUUCAUAUUUCGGGGCUUUGAAAUCGGCAGAACACACCUUUGUGGGAGUUGACUGAUUGGUAGGAUCUGUGACCGUCACCGCUGACCCCAUCAUCACCGUCAGUCAUUGAAGCCUCACUUACUGAACAUCAUGAAGCUCUUCCAACAUACCACUGUAGAAAUAAUCUUUUAAAGAGAAUAACUGGGUAUUUAUUUGUUUUAAUUUAUUUUGUCAUAUUUUUGUAAGAUCUGGGGAAAAAAAAGUUAAUAAAACUAUUUCAAAUGCAUUUCAUGUCUUAUUGUUG